AUGGGGAGAGGAGCAGUGGGCUCGUCAUGGGCCUCAUUUCGAAAUGAAUGGGCCGGAGCAGCACGAACCCCUGUUUGUGUCUGUUCCCCUUGGCCUUGGGAGAGAAUGUCGUCGGCGGCGCUCCGCCGCCACCUCCUCCGCCUUCCCGCCCGCCGCCGCCUUCUCUGCGCCUCCUCCUCCUCCUCCCCUCCCUUGGCGCCGACCCACGGCGGCCAUGGCCCCGCGGCGGCGGGGCCGGGGGUGGUGGAGCUGAACCCGCCGCGCGGCACCAGGGACUUCCCGCCGGAGGAGAUGCGCCUGCGCACCUGGCUCUUCGACCACUUCAGGGAGGUGUCCCGGCUGAUCGCGUUCGAGGAGGUGGACUUCCCGGUGCUCGAGUCGGAGGCGCUCUUCGUCCGCAAGGCCGGGGAGGAGAUCGCGGAGCAGCUCUACAGCUUCGCGGACAAGGGCGGCCGCCGCGUGGCCCUCCGGCCGGAGAUCACCCCGUCCCUCGCGCGCCUGGUCAUCCGGCGGGGGACCUCGGCGCCCCUCCCGCUCAAGUGGUUCACCAUCGGCCAGUGCUGGCGCUACGAGCGCAUGACCAGAGGGAGGCGCCGCGAGCACUACCAGUGGAACAUGGACGUCUUCGGCGUGCCUGGCGUUCGCGCCGAGGCCGAGCUUAUCCAGGCCAUUGUCCUCCUCUUCGAGCGUCUCGGGGUCGCGUCCUCCGACGUGGGGAUCCGGCUGUCCAGCCGGAAGGUUCUCCAGGUGGUGCUCGACAUGCACUCCGUGCCGCGGCACCUGUUCACCCAGGUCUGUGUGAUUGUUGACAAGCUGGGGAAGAUGAGCAGAGACGAGAUUGAGAGGGAAUUGAUCUCCACCGGGCUGCCAUCUGAAGCUGUGCAGGGCAUCAUUGAUGUGCUUUCUCUGAAGUCGCUGUCUGAGCUCGAACAGGUGCUGGGCUCUGGUGCUGCUGAGGCUGUUGCUGACCUCAAGAAGCUCUUCUCCUUCGCCGAGCACUAUGGUUACGCCGAUUGGAUCUGUUUCGACGCGUCGGUUGUUCGCGGCCUUGCGUACUACACGGGGAUCGUGUUCGAGGCUUUUGAUAGGCAAGGUGAGCUCAGGGCGAUCUGCGGUGGGGGGAGGUAUGAUAGGCUGCUUUCAACAUUUGGAAGUGAAGAUGUGCCAGCCUGUGGAUUUGGGUUUGGGGACGCUGUUAUCGUCGAACUGCUGAAGGAGAAGGGUCUUCUGCCUCAUCUGUCGCGCCAAAUAGACGACAUUGUCUUCCCGUUGGAUGGUGAGCUUCAGGGACCGGCAUCCUGUGUCACAUCCUCUCUGCGGAAGAAUGGCAGAUCUGUAGACCUUGUGCAAGACAAGCGUCUGAAAUGGGUGUUUAAACAUGCGGAGAGGGUAAAUGCUAGCAGGCUGGUUCUGGUUGGGAAAUCUGAGUGGGAGCGAGGCAUGGUUCGUGUGAAGAUUCUGUCUACCAGAGAAGAAUUUGAGGUCAAGGCAGGCGAAUUACAGUAA